AAGCUUCACCAAUUCAUUUCGUAUUCUCUCUUUCUUCAUCUUCUCUUCUCUACCUCUUCUCUCUCAGAAGACAUUUACUAUUAAGAUGCCUUUGUCCUCAUAGACAGCCAAUGUAGGGCUGACUGAGGAAUCUUCUGGUCACUCACAACUAGUUCUGUUGGUUAUCUUUCACUCUUGAUACCUCUAAAGGCUCCUGCUUUUAAUUACAUGAGAUGUAUAAGAACCAGCUGCAGGAGCUUGCGCAGAGAAGCUGUUUCAACCUCCCUUCCUAUGCCUGCACCAGAGAAGGACCCGAUCAUGCGCCGAGAUUCAAAGCUUCCGUCAACUUUAACGGCGAGAUCUUCCAAAGCCCGGCCUACUGCACCACACUGAGACAGGCGGAGCAUGCUGCUGCAGAAGUUGCCCUCAAUAAACUCUCCACCAGAGGCCCGUCCAGGUCUCUCACUGCCAGAGUUCUAGAUGAAACUGGAAUUUACAAAAACCUCCUUCAAGAAACGGCUCACAGAGCUGGACUGAAGCUCCCUGUGUACACCACUGUAAGAUCAGGUCCCGGCCACGUCCCGGUUUUUACGUGUACCGUGGAGCUCGCCGGCAUGAAUUUUACCGGCGAGCCGGCCAAAACCAAGAAGCAAGCAGAGAAGAAUGCUGCAAUUGCAGCCUGGUCUGCCCUGAAAAGAAACCUGGGUUUUUUCGCGAACAAAGAAGCAGAAGAAGAGCAGGCUGUUGUGACGAGGUUGCUCUCAAAUUUUAGACCCAAAGAUGAUAACAACAACAAUAAUAAUAGCAAGCAAUUUAUGAGGAGGAGGGAUCCAAUUCAAGCAAGAAGAAGAAUGGUCAGAUCAUCGUCGUCGUCGUCAUCUUCGUCCAGUAGUAGUACUAGCUCUCUACAGAAUCAAAACUGGAGGCUGAUAGAUCUGUUGACAGAUUUGGUUCCACAAGUUUCAACAGUUCAAAAGCAGAGCACUUUUACAUCUCUUCUUCCUCCACCUCCUCCUCGAACCGCCUCGAAGAUUUUGCCACCAACUACAAUGCUCAACAAAGACAAGUCCCCUUCCUACCCGCCGUUAUCCAAUUAUAGGCCAAUCCCAGUACAAGUGAAUGCGAGGGGAGGUUCACAAGUCAUCCAACCUCCAUUGGAAGAGCACCAAAGGGAUGAGGAAGAAUGGCUUGGUAUUGGAACGGAGGGUGCUAGUGGUUCAAAUUCAAGUGGUAUAUUUGGUUCAGGUUCUCCAUACAGGCAAUUUCCUCCGUCUACUGCCGGAAAGUUUGGCGCUUUUGAAUUGUCCGGUCCAAUUAAGGCCGCGCCCGGUGUCAAGAUUUCAGAAAGACGGACUAGUGGAUUCCACAUGUAUAGUGGAGGGUUAAGUCCUCACAGGAAUAUUGCACCUGCAGUUCAAAUGAGAUCGGUGAUCCCAGUUUGUGCAGCACCACCGGCACCGGUGAGACCCUCCUCACCAACAAAAGUGAUGGCAAUGAAGGGCAUUUCUUCAGAAGUAGAAGCAGAAACAGGCUUAAGUUUAAGUGCUUCUACUAAUUCAUCAUCAUCAGGCAGCUCAAAGUCGAAGAUGCCCGAGUCAAGUUCAAGUUCCACUCGGCAGCUGGGUUCCGAGUUCAACAAGCUGCGGUUAGGAGGAGGCAACAAGGACGGUAAUAAGAUUAUAUAAACCAUAAUUAAAAGUUAAUGUCUUUUUACUUGGAUGGAAAUUAAGCAGCUGGGAUGACAUGUUAUUACAUGCAUGCUGGAAUUUUUGUAUAAAAGGAUGAUGGGGAUAUCUCAUAUAAUAUUUCACCUUUGGCAUGAAUCAA